CCGCUGCGAACGCAUCCUUGUCAAACGCGCGUGAGCAAAACAAAUCCAAUGUGCGAACCAAAGUAACCACUGGGGGGGAAUCCAGUCUGCGAAGCCGUGCACAAAAUACAAAAUUUCCUGCUGCAAAUCCGUUUUCGCGAUGCUUUCGGUGUCCCGCAUUGCGGUCGGGAACGUGCGCUGCGUACAUCCGUCGUUUGUACGCGCGAGAAAGCACGUUCUCGCUGGAGGCUUCACCCAAACGUGUGGCAGUCGGCGAUGGAUUUCCAUCAAGACCACAGAACAAAAAGCGGCGGCCAGCACUGGAGGUCCAUCCUGUCUGCCACCUCCACCACCACCGCCUCCGCAACCAUCGUACACGGGUUACAUACUCGGUGCCAUCGCCCUUACAGCGGGUGGUCUGGGACUCGCCUACUACAAGGGUCUCUUCGACGGGACACCUCCAACCCCAAUAGACGACACAAAGGAAGAUGCGGCACGAAAAAAGCGCACGUAUCCGGCAUCUCCAAAGGAUCUUCCCAAACACGUUCCAUACCUGCUGAUCGGUGGUGGAACAGCCAGUAUUGCAGCUUUCCGAUCGAUCCGCGGGCACGAUCCGAAAGCUAAGGUGAUGAUGAUCACCAACGAGCUCGAAAUGCCCUAUAUGCGUCCACCACUCUCGAAGGAAUUGUGGUUUAAUCCGGCCGAAACGGAACCACUCAAGUUCCGGCAGUGGAACGGUAGCGAACGCAGUAUCUUCUACGAAUCGAACGAUUAUUACAUCGAUCCAAGCAGGCUAAGCGAAGCACCGAAUGGAGGCGUGGCUGUGGCCCGUGGCUACGAGGUGCAGCGGUUGGAUGUUGUCAACAGGAAAGCCAUCCUUACCGAUGGUACGGAAAUAACGUACGACAAGUGUCUGAUUGCGACCGGUGCAAGGCCUAAAAAUUUGCCCAUCUUCGAGUCUGCCCCACGGGACGUUCGGGAACGUGUAACCCUGUUCAAGAGUGUGCAAGAUUUCGAGCAGCUUUCGGCCAGGCUAGAAGAUGGCAGCCGGGUGGCAAUUAUUGGUGGAGGAUUCCUUGGAAGUGAGCUGGCCUGCGCCCUUUCCAAGUCGGAACAAACGCGCAAGAAGAAGGUGGAAGUGUUUCAGCUGUUCCACGAAGCUGGAAACAUGGCGAAAGUCCUUCCCGAGUAUCUCAGCAGCUGGACGACGGAACGGUUGCGCGAUGAGGGUGUAAAGGUGUGGCCAAAGACGCAGGUUAAGGCGGUCGAAAUGCAAGGCACAAAACUGAAGCUUACCCUCGUGGACGAUAGCGUGCUGCUGGUGGACCGGGUGAUAGUGGCGGUCGGUUCGGAACCGAACACGGAUCUUGCCAAGACUUCCGGGCUUGAGGUGGACAGUAAGAAUGGAGGCUUUUUGGUUGAUGCUGAGCUGAGGGCCCGGUCGAAUGUGUUUGUGGCUGGAGAUGCGGCUUGCUUCUACGACACAAAGUUCGGCAGGAGGAGAGUGGAACAUCACGAUCAUGCGAUCGUGUCGGGGCGAUUAGCUGGCGAGAACAUGGUUGGAUUGAAUAAGCCUUACACACAUCAGAGCAUGUUCUGGUCGGAUCUUGGUCCUCGGAUCAGUUACGAAGCGAUCGGUCUGAUCGAUUCCGCCCUGCCGACAGUAGCCGUGUUUGCUAAACGAACAGCAGAAGAAUUGUCCCGGGCGGUUCCGACUGUUGCGGCUGCCGCCGCCGGUGGCAAUGAUUCGGAGAAGCUGCAGGCAGCAAACGCCAACGUAGGAAGCGUUGUCGAAGCGAAAAACGUGUCCGUUGCUGCAGGAGAACAAGCCAAGCCAAUGGAAAAGCCAGUGAAGGCGCCGGCGGAGGAGGAUAGCUUCGAUAAGGGUGUAAUAUUUUAUCUACGCGAUAAGAAAGUGGUCGGACUGGUGCUAUGGAACGUGUUUAAUCGUAUGGGAACGGCGCGAAAGAUUCUCGACCAGCACACCGAGUACGACGAUCUAAACGAGGUUGCGAAACUAUUUAAUCUUCACGAACGGCCCGCAGAAGAGGAGGACGUGGAGGCCGAAUAGAGGCCAGUUCACUAAAAGCACACAUUAGGAGCGUUACGUUCGGCGGGGGCGUCGGCCGAAACAGUAGCGAAUAAGCAUUUGCGGUAAUAUCGGUAUUGGUUAAGCUAAAAGAAUACAAAUUCCCGUGCUCACAGAAGAACAAAGUUAAGGA